AUGGCUCCGGCGAUAGUCAACCCAGACGAGGACCCUCUAGAGGCUGUGAGACGCAUCUUCCACUACGCGUAUCCCGGGCUUCUUCUGUUGUCCUUCUUAAUUGUUGGCGCGACACACAGCAUUGUGUCGGCGUUGCGCAAGGAAGAUGUCGUGGCUACCACAGUUCGAGGGCCCGGUGGCAAACCUCUGCCCGUCACGAAACGAAAGCGAGAAGAAUAUGGCGACGACGAUACAGACGGGCAGCAGUUUGGACAGGCAUCCAAGGCCUUCUUUAGAGCCAGCAUGGUGGUUGCGACGCUGACAUUCUUUGGUACGGCCGUCAAUGUCACUGCUCGUGCCCUGUACCACCGAUCUGUAGAUGGAGAGCAUGGUUGGUGGUGUGGGGAGCCCAAGACGGUCUUCAUCCUCGGUUCCGCAUUCCUGUAUGUCUACGUCUCAAUCACCCUCUGGGACUGGCCGACGAGUCCAUACCUGGUCCACAUUGUCUUCUGGAGCAUUGCCCUUAUCCUCGAUAUGGUCAUAUUCGUCUGCGAUUUCCAGAUUCUUUCCGGACCGCAUCAUGUCAUGACAAAUCUCGGUCGUAAUAAGUUUACCAUCGAGACGGGGCCGAACAAUUGGGACAAGGUUGACCUCGGUUUCUCAGCAUGCCGCCUCAUCCUGCUCAUAGGUCUCGUAAUUGUCUAUUUGGGUGUCAUCUGGGUCGGAUCCCAAACACAUAAUGAGGAUUAUGACGACGAUUACCAGUCUGAUGCGGAUGAGAACACGCCUCUGCUGGAUAGUGCGGGUCACAAUGGGUACCAUGCAAAUGGACACUCGGGUACCAACGGGAAUGGAAAUGGCAAUGGCAACGGGACCGCCAAUGGCACGACAAAUGGCGUGGUUGAGGUGAAUGCUCCAACGGUGGAUGCCGAGGCUGCCUUCUACCGCCCAGAAAAGCUGCCGCAUACGACAUGGGUUGAAUACCUCAGAGGCUACUCGAUAUUCUUUCCCUACAUGUGGCCUAGUGCGGAGCUGAAACUACAAUUAACGGUCGUCUUCUGUUUUGUCCUCCUGGUACUCCAGCGAAUUAUCAACAUCGCGGUUCCAUGGCAGAUUGGAAAGGUGGUUAGCCAGCUGGCUGGAGAGCACAUGGAAGCAGGCCAGACAUUCCGAAUGCCUUGGGUUGCUCUGUCAUUGCUCAUGGUCUUCAAGACUCUUCAGGGACCUUCUGGACUUCUCGGCUCUAUACGGUCGCUCCUCUGGAUCCCCGUUUCGCAACACACGUACCGAGCUCUGACGACAUCGGCCUUCGAGCAUGUGCACUCGCUCAGUCUUGAUUUUCAUCUCGGCAAACGGACGGGCGAGGUCUUGUCGGCGCUGAACAAAGGAGCAUCUGUGAACUCGUUUCUCGAGCAGGUCACUUUCCAGGUGUUCCCUAUGCUGAUUGAUUUAUUCGCCGCUAUCGGCUUCUUCUAUGUAGAGUUUGGUCCCACCUAUGCGGCCCUCACCUCCAUCAUCACUUUCUUCUACCUGUUCUUGACGAUGCGCAUGGCACAAAACACGGCAGACCAAAGGAGAAACAUGUCCAAUGCGGACCGGGAGGAGGAAGCCGUCAAGAAUGAUUCCAUCAUCUCGUACGAGACCGUCAAGUACUUCAACGCCGAGGCGUUCGAGUUCAAUCGCUACCGAGGUGCCAUCAGGAACUUCCAGGCGGCCGAGGCCAAAGUGACAUGGAGCAUUGCCCUGAUGAACAUGUGCCAGUCUCUUGUUUUCAUGACGGGCAUGCUUGUUGCCAUGAUGCUCGGCGCCUAUCAAGUCAGUCUCGGUACGCGACGAGUCGGUGACUUUGUCACUUUGAUGACCCUCUUGGGCCAGUUGCAGGGACCCCUCAACUUCUUCGGUACAUUUUACAGGACAGUUCAACAGUCCAUGAUCUCAGGCGAGCGACUACUCGAGCUUUUCAAGCAGCGUCCAACUGUAGUGGAUCGGCGGGGCGCCACCGAGGUCACUCAUUGCGAUGGCCAUGUUGAAUUCUCCAAGGUUGAGUUUGCGUAUGACCAAAGACGACCUGCUUUGACGAAACUCAGCUUCGAAUGCCCUCCUGGAACGACCACAGCACUGGUGGGCGAAUCCGGUGGUGGAAAGUCGACACUGUUCCGGCUCAUGUACAGGUACUUCAACUGUCAGCGUGGCACAAUCAAGAUUGACGGCCAAGACGUCAAGGACGUGACGAUCGAUUCCAUCCGUCGUUACAUCGGUGUGGUGCCACAAGAUACCAUCUUGUUCAACGACACACUCAUGUACAACCUCAAGUACGCAAACCAGAAUGCCACAGCCGAGGACGUGUACGCCGCCUGCCAAGCAGCCAGUAUUCACGACCGCAUCAUGUCUUUCCCCGACGGGUACUACACCAAGGUUGGCGAGAGAGGUCUACGUCUCAGUGGUGGCGAAAAACAGCGUGUCGCGAUUGCUCGCACUCUUCUCAAGAACCCCAAAAUCAUCAUGCUCGACGAGGCCACUUCGGCGCUAGACAGCCACACGGAGCAGGAGAUUCAGUCAAGACUGGCAAAGAUUGGAGAGGGACGCACCAUGAUGAUCAUUGCACACCGUCUCUCGACCAUCACGCACGCCGACCAGAUUCUUGUGCUUAAGAACGGCACAAUUGUCGAGAAGGGUACACAUCAGAGCCUGGUGGACAGACCCAACUCGGUGUACGGGCGAAUGUGGAAGAAGCAAGCCAAGGCAGAGGAUGCGGCCGUGGCGGCUAGGAAUGCCAUCAGUAAGGCGACUUAUCUCCUCCGCAAGGCUAACCUUGGCGGCACGGAAAGCUCUACUUCCACCAAGAUUCGCAAGGACGGGCGGACAACGCCUUGCGAUGAUGCUAGCAGCUCGUCAGACGAGUCGGCUAAGGCUCUCUGCGAUCUAGGGACAACGCCGCCACGACUUUCACUCAAGGACGAAGCAACAGCUCCUCCGUGA